AUGUCUAAUCCAGGGAAUAGGAAACGCCGCAUCGAGCGUGACAACUGCCGUGAAGCACUGUCCAAGCACAUUUAUGAUAUGCUAUCUGAUAGGAUUGCGCCCUCUGAUGUACGACUGCAACCAUCACCUAAAGAUGGUUACAAAUGGUCUUACAAGGAAUCAGAAAGCCACCUAUUCGAGAAGCCGCUGAGCGAAUCGUCAACAAAAACGUAUAUGGAGCUACAGAAAGCUCUUAAAAAAGGUGAUAUCAAAGCUACCCGGACACACAAUGAGUCCCCCGACACCGAAUGGAGGAAGCUCAAAGCAAGUUUAGAGGACGCUUGUAAAAGGGUAGCUGAGUUGGAGAGUGAGAACCAACAGUUAUACCAAGCUCUACAUAGACAGUCUGAGAGGUUAAGGUGCCUGCAGCGACGCUUUGCAGAAAAUAAAGGUCAACUUGAGAGUGCGCUAUAUAUGAUGGAGACAGUAAAGAAGGCCUUUGAUAGUGAUACCUCUGUAAUCGAAUGA